AAGGCGCGUGUGCACGACGGUGUGUUUUGUUGUCACCUGCCCUGGAAGUAGAGUUAUUGACGGAUACAUACCUAUUCCCGUUGGCUAUCCAACCAACGUUCCGUUUGUAGGCGUGAACUGCUAUGCCCAGGUAAACUUGUGAAUGUGUCUCCGCUUGGUUUCAGUUGUUCCUUCAGUUGAUGGAGCGGCAUUUAAUGACAUUUCAGUCCCAUAAAUAUUCAUACCACAACUCGCAGGGAAAGGCGCAGCAGACUGUUGAACUUACCUUCUCAGCUUUGCAAAGUGGCAGUGCGGAUCUACAUUUUACCUAUAGUCCAUGACAUCGUCUACGUUUGACUGCCUGCACAGGAAAAAACAAAAAUUUAUGAAGGCUCUGGGUAACUUUAUGAAAGACUCACGGAACGCCCCUGAGGAGAAUGAUGAAACAUCAAGCAGUGGUGCUGCUUUAAGUUCAACGAUGGAAAGUUUUGUUUCAAAAGAAAGCAUGUUUCCAGUAAAAACGUGCUGUGAACAACGUCCUAUGUCUUUACCUCCAUCGUUUGCUUCAGGAAGUAAACCUUGCUGCAUGGAUACUUUCAGCAGCUGGCCUUCUACACACAUCACAAGCUCAGUGAACCCACUCCGUGAACACAGAGCUUUCAUUUGUGGCUCUUAUGUCAGUCGUCAGCCAUCAUCUUUGCCAAAUGAAUUUAGUAAUACCUGGGGACAGAUGUAUGAUGAAUCAGUGCCAAAUGUUCUGUCAGCUCAUCUGCCUUAUGAUUUAAAUAUGUCAAACCUUGACCAACCAAGGACACUUUUGUCAUGCCCAUAUCAAAAUGAUGCCUCUACACAAUCUUUGUAUAGGCCAAGGGUUCCUGGUCAUGACUUUUCAAAUGAUGUCCCUUAUGUAUAUCCAGUGGGACUUAGCCCUAACCACCAGUGGAUUCCAGGUGGUGAUCAUUUUGGAAGACCAAGAAACCUACAUGACAGAGAACAUGCCCCUACAGACUCUGCAAGCACUAAUGGUCCAGUUCGUCCACGGCUGCCUCCUGAGCAACGCAAAGUGUUUGUGACAUACGCAACAGAUAGUGAUGAACAUGUGAAAGAGGUCAUCAAAUUUGUAACGCUUCUGAGAGCCAAUGGUUUUGAUACACAGAUUGAUAUAUUUGAACAAAAUUUCAGGAGUAUCAGCAAGAUUGACUUCAUGGAAAAAUUCAUCCGUGAUAAAGAAUUUUUGAUAAUUAUAGUAAUUAGCCCCAAGUACCAUGAAGCUGUGACUUGCCCAUACUCCCAACAGAAUGAUGAAAGUCAUUUGAAUGCUGUGUACAUUUACAAGCAGCUUCAAAAUGAAUUUCUUCAGAAUGGAAGUAAAAACUUCCGUUUUGUUCCAGUUUUGUUUCCUGGAGCCAAGGAUUGUCAUGUUCCUACUUGGCUUCAGAACACCCAUGUGUAUCGUUGGCCUCAGCAAACUCAGGAUAUUCUACGGCGAUUAAUGCGUCUGGAGAAGUACAUUCCUCCUCCCAUUGGACAGCUCCCAAACAUCAUUUCCAUUCCUAUUUAAAAUUGAUAUCGGUGUUUUUUAUGUUAAUGUACAUCCAGACCCUGGAAACUGUAUAUAUGUGCAUCUAUAGAACUGGGCCCAAACUUGCAUCCUACCACAGAAUCUACUCCAUGCUGAUUUUCAGUCAAAGCAAUACAAUUGGUUCUUGGUUUCUGAAAUGUUUUUUGGUUUCCUGAAGUGCCAUCUGUGUUUAAUAAGGUGUCAUCAUUAAACUUAUAGUACGUUAAACUA